AGAUGGUGCGAGCUACUGGAGCUUGGAAGUUGCAUUAGUUUAUAUUUGAAACUUACAUCUCACAGUUUACUAAAAACCAAAUAACUAAAAUAAAUCCGACUUUUACUGAGGGUACGUGAAGGCAUCGCGUGGCCCUGCGUCCUCUACUUCCUGUAAGGGAAGCGCAGUCAGCUGUCACAACCUGGGAGGCGAACAGAGGGAGCACGGGCGAGCACGAGCACACAAUAACCGCAAAAAUGUCCAGUUUUUCCAACAAGUUCAGCGGUUACACGAUGACUCAGCUCAACGAGAUACUUGAAGACGACGAAAAAUUAACGAAAAUGGUUCAGGAGAUGGACGAGAUGCAGGAGGUCCAGCAGAACAAAGAGAAAACCCUGGCCAACAAUCGGACCCUAGCUGAGCAAAAUCUGGCUCUGCAGCCCAGUCUGGAACACAGGAAGGAGGACCUCACCAAGCGCUACAGAUGUCUUCAGGAGAGAUUUGAGUCCUUUCAGCUUCGCAAGUCCACCCUAGACCACAAGUCAGGAAACACCUCCCUGGACACUCUGCUGGCUCUGCUGCAGACAGAAGGAGCAAAAAUAGAAGAGGAGACAGAGAACAUGGCCGACUCCUUCAUGGAUGGUGAGAUCAACCUGGAUUCUUUCAUUGAUUCUUACCAGAGCAAGAGGAAGCUGGCCCACUUAAGACGGGUGAAGAUCGAGAAGCUGCAGGAGAUGGUGGAGAAGGGCCACGGGCUCCCUCAGAUGCCCAUCUCGUCCUCCCGAUCUCAGGAUGUGUCCGCGGGGCCCGCCCCCCUCACUGAGGCCGACAGCAGCACCCCUUCCCCCCUCGCUCAGCCACGAAGGAAACCACCGCCUCCACCCUCCCAGCCAGCCCCUAUAUUAAGCCCAGCUCCAUCUGUUGCCCCUCAGUCUUCUGCCUUCUAUUCACCGUACCCGCCGAUCCCUCCCCGAACCGGGCAGCCUUUCCCCAACAUCCCCACCGGAUACCCCAACCACUACAUCUCUCAAUACCCCCCCGCUUUGCCCCAGAGGCCUGCGCCCGGCAUGGCGCCGCAACCCGGCUUCAUUAUGCAGUAAAAAAACAAAUGAGCCAUUUGGAGGACACUGUUUUUGUUUCGGAGACUUCUCACAACUGGAGCUGCUCUGAGAGCAGUUUUUUCCUAAUUUAUCUGUUUUCUUGUUUUACGACCAAUCACAACACAAGAAAGCAGGCCUCCAGCAGCUGGUCAGGCCACACUCGGCUGAAGCAGAUCUAAAGUAAUCUCCUGAGAUUCGUUGCUCAGUUCCGUCUUGGGCCAACACUCCUAUGAAAGAGAAAACGAGACCAUACGGUCCUCGUUUGUCUCCAGCUGCUGUCAGUUAGAACGUGGGUCAUUUAACAGCUAAGGGAGUCGGACCCUCCGCCGGUAUAUCUCAAAUCUAGUCUUUAAGCUUUUAAAAGUAAAAGUUUUAAAGAAAAGGAUUUAAAAUAGUAUCCUGCAGCACACCAAUCUACAGAUUAAAUAUAUAUGCAAGCAAGGUAAGACACUUCUUACUGUGCAGUUUAGUCAAAAACAUCUUUUUCCCAGAAUCUUUUCAGGGAAAACUGCAUUUAUGCUUUCAUUCUAUAGAUGUUUCCCUUUUUUAUUUGUAAUCAAAAUUCACAAGGUACAUAUAAAUAUUUGAAUUUUGUCAUCAUCAUCUAUCGGUCCGUACUAACGGAGUAUGUUUAAGAUAGAAUGAUUAACAUGUAUAGAGAAGGGCUUUGGUUGGUGUCUCUGUCCAGUACGUGGAUGUUUUUAUAGACUUAACAAGGUGAAGACUGGUCCAUCUCAGGGCACAUGAGCUGAGAGGAUUACCAACUGAAGAGCAGGCCUGUAGCGCCUCACGUGAUAUGAAGGAUUCAUGUAUAGCCAUACCAUCCACUCCAGAUGUGUGAUGUCCUCUGUGUGAUGCAGCACUCCUGUGUACAACGUGUCCAACACCCUCGUUUGGAAUUCAUAGGAAAAUGAUGCCAACAAAGUUUUGGAUGUCACUCCUUUUGUAUAGUUUGGUUCAGUUUUGUCACACUGAACACCAAAGACUUCCCACAUCUGUUUGCGUUUUAGGUCUUUCGUGUAAAUGUGAGUAAGAUUCUUGUCUAACCCUGCAUAUCUGUUUGUGAUGUCCGAACACUCCUCUGUAAACCGUAAGCCAGAAGUCGUCGAGUCUGCUGCCUGGCUUUGGAAGGGAACAUUUUCUUGGUACUUUAAUUUUUUUUGUAGAACUUCUUCAUUCGUUUUUCUUUCCGUUUUUCUCGACUGCUGUUGCUGUGCACUAUUGAAGAGCCACGAGUGCCUACACUUGAAGUGACAUUGAUCACAGUUUGCUGAUGACUCCAUAUUUCUCUGUGCUCAGCUGUAGAUGUUAGAGACCCAACUGUGUCAAAUCUUAAAAUGAAGUGAAAAGCUGUCUUUUUAGUUUACUUGCCUGCUACUAAUUUUAAGUUCAGCUUAUGGAUACAAAAAAUAAAAAAAAAAAGGUCUGGGUUUUGGCCCAGUAGACUUCUCAAUAGUGGUGGAAGAAAGACUUGAGAACCCCUCAGGCUACAUGCUUGCUUAUGAUCACACAUCUCUUGUCUUGGAAGGAUCCAUUUAAAGUAAUUAGGUAGAUUUUUUUCUAAUUUUAAUUGUAAAGAAUAACAGGGCUCUAGAAAUAUUGGUGGACAUGUCUUUUAUAUUUUACAGCAAAGACUCAAAUCAGGCAAAACUAAAAGACAAACAAACUGAAGCAUUUCUGUGAACCAACAUUUCUAACAGCUAAGUGAAAAAAUCUCUUCUCUGCAUGGCCUUUGUACUUUGUUCAGAUUCAAGAAUCUUUUUAAAUAUGUCUUUUAUUUUAGCUAAUGAGCUGCUUUUUGUUUGAGCUGUUCCUCUGCAUCCAUGGUUUUAUAUGUGGUUGGUGAUAAUAUCAUUGUAAAGUUGUAGGUAUUUACUUAUGAUGAAUGUUUAAGUGGAAUUUCAUGCUAUUUUCAAGUUCAAUAAAUCUAAUUUUUUGUAUGA